AUGACCAGCCAUAGAGAGGCAUUUUUCGCUGGUGACGGGAACGGGAGAACGGGGGAACCGACCUCCCAGGACGACGACAUUACGGGGUGGUUCGACCGGGUGGCGGAGAAGGCCGGUUUCGUGCAGACAGAGACGCUGAGGCGCAUCAUUGAGAUCAACCGAGGUACGGAGUACCUGAGAAGGUGGCUGGGGGAGGACCUUCGCCGUGAGGACUUGGAGCUAGGGGAGCUAGAGACAGUCUACAGCUCUCUGGUGCCCCUCGCCUCCCCUGAAGACUUUGAACCUUAUCUUCAGAGAAUCGUCGACGGCGACACCAGCUCCAUCCUCACAAGGGAUACUAUCGCCGCCAUGUCUCUCAGGUAUCUCAAUCUCCUCUAUUCAUUCGGUCAUAUCUAUCUAUUGUCCACCAUCGGCGCUGCCAUUGUAACUGUAGGAUCGUAGGUCUAUGGUUGCGGCGAGCCUGCGAAGGAAAAAAUAGGAACACUUGUUUGAUGACGAUUCCGUCCCAGGGUUUCGUUAAACAGUCCUAGAAUGGUUUCGAGUGCUGUGCGUUCUGUAGGUCUAUCCGGUUACCGCCCCCGUGGUGCCAUUUACACUGCACUCACAGGGCUGUUUUCGGAUUACCUGUCUGCAGUUCUGGGACAACGGAUGGAAGGCCGAAGUAUGUCCCGUUCACGCGGUUCAUGGCGCAGUCCACCCUCCAGGUCUUCAAGCUAGGAGCAGCCCACAGAGCGAGGUCUGUGGCCAAAAGCAACAUUUCCCGCCCCCCACCCAGAGCAUUAGAAAGUCCAAGCGCACAUCUCGUAAUCGAUCUGAUCAUCUAUCUUGUCUGUUGCGUUGACCAGGAUCUUCCCCAUCAGAGCAGGGGGUAGGAUUCUGGAAUUCAUCUACCGCAGCGAGCGGUACCAGACGAGAGGCGGCGUCACAGUGGCCGCGGCCACCACCCACUUCUACGCAAGCGAGGAGUUCAAGAUCAAGGAGAGAACCACCAAGUCCUUCACUUGCAGCCCGCGGGAGAUGAUCCUAGCCGGGGACUACAAACAGACUACCUACUGCCACCUCCUCCUCGGCCUCGUCCACUGUGACCAUGUCGAGUUCGUCACCUCCGCCUUUGCCUACAGCAUAGUCCAGGCCUUCGCGGCCUUGGAGGAGCUGUGGCCGGAGAUUUGCCACGACAUUCAAACCGGAGGCCUCAGCAAGGUGAAAGUCACCUCCCCCAACGUCCGGAAGGCCGUCCUCGAGGUAGUAUCCCCCGACCCGGCCCUCGCUCGCAGGAUUGAAUCCACGUGCAAGAAACUCCAGGCGGUAGACUGGCAGGGCGUAGUCCCGGCGCUGUGGCCCAACGCCAAGUAUAUCUACUCCAUCAUGACCGGAUCGAUGCUGCCGUAUAUGAAGAAACUGGGGCACUACGCCGGAAGCCUCCCACUUGUGGGAGCCGAUUAUGGAUCCUCUGAGAGCUGGAUUGGUGUGAACCUGGAACCAUCCAAUCCGCCUGAGAGGGUCACUUUCACGGUGAUCCCUACCCUCGCUUACUUUGAGUUCAUACCUCUGAGAAGGCACCCGCAGCAGCACGCGAACCAAGUGGGGUGGACUGAAGGAUCAGGAGCCGUGGACCCUGGGGUUGCCGACGAUUUCGUGGAAGAGGAACCAGUGCCGCUGAGCAAGGUCAAGGUGGGCCAGGAAUACGAGCUCGUCCUCACCACCUUCACAGGUUCGAUUCUCGUUCCUCCGUCAUUCACUGUUUUACCGCCCCACAGUUCAUAUCACACAGAAACAAAAGUGGGAACGAAAAAUCUGAAAUUGGGCUGCACCUCUCCAUCUGAAGAUUUGGAAAUGGGCGAAGGUAGCCGUUUCUUUCUGCCAUCCACAUCCCAGACAACCUUCAAAAAAUGUGCAUUAGAUAUGCAUCCCCUAACACUAGCGGCGACGAGGAUGUCGAAGGGUAGAUGGCGGUGGGUGAGGGGCCGAGAGAGAGAGAGAUCGCCUGUUUCUGUCAUCGAUUCUUUGCUCUCCCUCUGCGCCAUGACUCCUCGACUUUGUUUGACUUCAUAUAGGCCACACUAAGGGGAAUUCUUUAUUGCCUUAUUAGCGAGUCCUUCCAGUGAGGACAAGCGUAUAAGGGAUUUUGAAACGAACGGCCUCAGUACAAGAGAAGAAUUCCUUAAGUUCCCAGAAGAUGUUUCAUGCACCCUCGUCAUUUCUUCUCUUUCCGACAUCAUUUUUACCCAACUUCCGUGUUGCUAUCCCGAUUUGCACCUUUCUUGCUCACAGUUGCCUGAUAUGAUUCUCAAAUCUCCUCGUUCAUUGUGUAUUUAAUCGCAUCCCGGCCUUCACUAAUGUAGACGUGACAGCCAGCACUCGUGGCCCCUGGCCGACGCAUCUCCUCGUUUCGUCUCACCGAAAACUAAUUUGAGGAUUUAGACUGAACACUUUUAAAUGCCUUAGUGGAAGGUUCCUUUGUGCGUGAUGAGCCUCUGACAUAUGGCGUGGGUGUCUUCCCGAGCAGCAUGAGCCCUAGAGACACGUCAUUAUCCAGUGAUCUGCACUCGACCUCUUUUUUCACGUUAAUGGCAUGUGUAUCUCCCCCGUGUGCCUCUCUCACAUACAGUCCAUGAUCCAGGUAUUAUCAUCCAAUGCUUGAGCAACUCAUCUCGAUUUCUCCAUGUCGCAGGACUGUACAGGUACAAGCUCGGAGACGUGGUGGAGGUAAGGGGUUUCUACAAGGGCGCCCCCCAACUGAGCUUCGUCUCCCGGAGGAAGGUCUUCCUCACCGUGAACGUCGACAGGAGCACGGAGAAAGACUUGCAGCUGGCCGUGGAGAAUGCCUCUCGCUUGCUGGCCCGAGCGAGAUCAGAACUGAUCGAUUUUACCAGUCACGCGAUCGUCGGAGACGGCGCGCAGAAGCGAGGGCACUACGUUGUCUACUGGGAGGUGAAGGGGGAGGCGGACGAAGAUGUGCUGCAGGAGUGCUGUCGAGUGAUGGACCUGGCAUUCACCGAGUGCGGCUACGUGGAGUUGAGGCGCAAUGGCUCCAUCGGACCGCUGGAGCUCCGGGUGGUGGAGACGGGCACCUUCAAGAAGAUACUGGACUACUUUGUCGGCAUUGGGGGAACCUUGGGGCAGUUCAAGACACCACGGUGCACCAGCAACCAGGUUCUCCUCCGGAUCCUCGACCGGGGCACUCGACGGCAGUUCUGGAGCACCGCCUACGCGCCCUGA